GGCCGCGUAGGGUCAUUCUCCGCCGUUUCCCGUCAUGGCCGGCCGUGGGAAGCUGAUCGCCGUGGUGGGCGACGAGGACACCGUGACCGGUUUCUUGCUGGGCGGGGUGGGGGAGCUGGACAAGCACCGGCGGCCGAACUUCUUGGUGGUGGAGAAGGACACGGGCCUCACCGAGAUCGAGGAGGCCUUCAGGGGCUUCUUGAGCCGUGACGACAUCGGCAUCAUCCUCAUCAACCAGUUUGUGGCGGAGAUGAUCCGGCACGCCAUUGACGCGCACACCAAGUCCAUCCCGGCGGUGCUGGAGAUCCCCUCCAAGGAGCACCCAUACGACCCCUCCAAGGACUCCAUCCUGCGCCGGGCUAGGGGCAUGUUCACCGCUGAGGAUUUGCGAUAGAUG